GUUCGAUGGUGACGUCACUCGCCUUCCCGCUGAGAAGGCGCUGGUGGAGGAGGGGUAGAACUCUUGACCUGCCCCCGCCCCUUACUGGCUCCUUUCCCCCACCCCAGCACACGGUGCAACAGGCCGUGGGCCCCACGAGGCCUCGCACCUGCUGUCACCCAGGAGCUGGCUGGGUUUCUGCUUCACGGGCUCAGAUCCCCCCCUUUUUUUUUUUAGGAGAGAAAAACGGUAGCGUCCUGCCUCACUACUGGCGUCUCUCUUUCUAUAGGGCAGCAAGCCACGCCUGGGUCCCCGGCUGUUAGAACGCUUUGAAGACCAGUGUGGCUCAAGCUUUGCCUGAAGCGAGGGCUUUUUCUUUGGUCUCAGUGUCAGGGUGGCACGAGCUUCCCCACCUUUGUGGCUCCCUCUUGGUGGCCGGCCCCCUGCGGCUUGGGGUUUGCACCUGAGAGAUGUGGCACGCUGCUCUGUAGCCUCUCUCUGCCGCUGUCUCUGCGUACCUCAUUUGCAGGAAGAUGCUGCGCUACUGGGGUGAAAUUCCCGUCUCGGCCAGUCAGGCCAACCGCAGCUCUUUUGAUUUGCUUCAACGCGAGUUUCGCACGGUGGAAGUCCAAGAUCCUCCAUUGCAUCAGCCCUCGGCAAACAAACCCAGACCCACCACCAUGCUGGACAUCCCAUCGGAGCCCUGCAGCCUCACCAUUCACACCAUCCAGCUCAUCCAGCACAACCGACGGCUACGCAGCCUCAUCGCCAUGGCCCAGGCCCAGAACCAGCAGCAAGUUGAGGGCAUCAAAACUGAAGACAGCGAGCCUCUGCCCUCCCGUCCUGCUUCUCCACCUCUCCCCGAUGACCUGCUUCCCCUGGAUACCAAAAUCCCCAAACUGCCAUUUCAGCUGAGGCACAGUGACCCAGAGAGUGACUUCUAUAGAGGGAAAGGGGAACCUGUAACUGAGCUGAGUUGGACCUCCUGCCGGCAACUUCUCUACCAGUCAAUGGCCACCAUUCUUGCACAUACAGGGUUUGAAUGCGCCAAUGAGAGUGUCCUGGAGACCCUGACAGACAUUGCUCAUGAAUAUUGUUUGAAGUUCACCAAGCUGUUGCGCUUUGCUGUAGAUCGCGAGGCUCGGCUUGGUCACACCCCUUUCCCGGAUGUCAUGGAACAGGUGUUUCAUGAAGUGGGCAUUGGCAGCGUGCUCUCUCUGCAAAAGUUCUGGCAGCACCGUAUUAAAGAUUACCACAGCUACAUGCUGCAGGUUAGCAAGCAGCUCUCGGAAGAGUAUGAGAAGAUUGUCAACCCUGAAAAGGCAGCAGAAGACACAAAACCUGUGAAGAUUAAGGAGGAGCCAGUCAGUGAUAUCACUUUCCCCAUAAGCGAGGAGCUAGAGGGAGAUCUGGCAUCCGGUGACCAGUCUUUGCCAGUGGGAGUUCUUGGAGCUCAGAGCGAGCGUUUUUCUGCUAACCUGGAAGUGGAAGCAUCCCCACAGACUUCAGGUGCUGAGGUGAAUGCUUCCCCUCUCUGGAACUUGGCCCAGGUGAAAAUUGAGCCACAGGAAAGCGAGGAGGGCAAUGUUCAUGGCCAUGGGGUCCUGAGCAGUGAUGUAUUUGAGGAGCCCAUGUCUGGCAUGAGUGAAGCUGGGAUGCCACAGAGUCCCAAUGGCUCUGAGAGCAGUUAUGGCUCUCAUUCCCCUGACAGCCUAAUGGGAUCCUCUCCUGUCUUCAACCAACGCUGCAAGAAGAAGAUGAAGAAAAUGUGAAGGAGAUGAAGGGGGCUUCUCUUUAGAGACCUGCUAGUGAGACAGUGAGGCAGAGACAUUCUGUGAGCCUAGAGGGUGCCUGGUCCCAUGGGGAUGGAUAAAGGAUGAGUCCUGAGUUUUCAGGUGUGCUGUGUAAAAUCCCCCUGUGAUGUUCAGCCUGUAGUGCACAUUACUCGUCUACCCAUGAUUCCUUUCUCCCUUGGGCUCUGUGCUCCAUCCCUGCCCUAGAGAACUCACAUGGGACCCAUCCACUCAACCUGCAAAAUGGGUGGUGUCACCAAAAGACAUUGGGAGGUGGGGUGGGUUGCCAUGUGAGCAGUGGUUAUUAAGAGAAUUGUUAAGUCAAGAUGCAUGCAGACGUGGGGAUGAUCUGAGUGGAGCCAGGACCGAUUGCACUUUCUAGAGCAGUUCCUUCAUUUCAUUGGAAUUGUAUGUAGUGAUAUUAACUCAGCUGAGUUUUCCUGUUUGAAGUUCCUAUCUUAACAACUUAAUUUGAAAUAACUUCUAUUUUGGUGCCUUUUUAUGGUGCAGCUGACUGAUGACAAUUAUUUUUAUUCUGUGAAAGCCACAGCUGAUGUUCAACUCUGAGCCUUUAGCUGGAUUCACUGAGUCUCUCUCUUCUUUUUUUUUCCCCAAAAGCCAGAAAGAGCACGAAUCAAGCAUGAGCAAUGGUUUAAACUGGCUCUUUACCUCUAACCUACUGGGAGGUUUGAGGGAGAUUACUGAGCCUUGUAUUUGUCCUUACAAUUGCAAGUUUAUCUUUUGAAAGGAUGAGCUCCAGGCACGGUAUUUUGUUUGUCCAUGUAAUAGGACUGACUCUCAUUUUUUUUUCUCGUUGUCUUUUAUUUCAUUAUACAAAAAUAGAAACAAGGCAGAAUUUUUUCUCUGAAUAUGUCUAAGACACUGUGGCCUCUGGUUUCAGGGACAGGUUAGAAAACCUGCCAACUCCAAUUUUAAAGUUUCUUUCUAGUAGGGAAAAAUAAUAUUUACCUCUCAGUGGUUGUGUGGGGGUUGAUUAAUACCCAGAAGGCACUGUGAUCCUUUGAAAAGUAUUGUGUAAGUGUAAAGUAUCACUACUGUGUGGGAUUGUUGCUGAAUGGAGUGGGGAGAUGAGAGCAAAGACAGCUAGUGAAGUGCUGGAAGAUCUUCAUUCUGGAGUGACAAGAGAAAGCAAUCAAAUACACCUUAUAUGAACAAGGACAUAGAUGAUUACACUAGAAUAAAAGUUUCAUGCUUUAAGGCAUAAACCAACUACUUACUGUUGUAGUUAGGAAAUUUCUAUCUCCUGAGUAGGUGAUUUGACACUGGCACUUGGUAAUGGCAAGAGUCAAAAGCAUAAUAUUCUGCUAGAUGGAUUGUUAGACUGGAGUGAAAUGGCAGUCCUUUUGAUCUCCUUAGCUAAACUAAUUGCAUGAAGGGUCACGCUUAUUGGGCUGGGGUACAGGGUCCAGCCUUUUUGGAGCCUGUACCUUGCUCUGAACUCUGAAUAUUGUUCUGUUUGGUUUAUGCACUUUGGGAACUUUACCAAAUUAUCUCAUCGAAGAGGGCUGUGACGUAAUGCAGGGACAUGCAUCUGAGAGAAUGGUGGGUGCCUUGAUCACUGAGUGGCUUUCAAGUCUUGUAACUGGCUCAAGAAGGAAGGCUUAACCACUCCUCAGGGCUGCAGAGUAUCUUCCUCUUUCCAGGGCUUUAGUAGAAUCUCUAAAUCUUCAGUCUUCAGUGCUUUCUUUAUGCUGGUGAAGUACAGAUGCUCCUGUCUUACUUUUUAAUUAUGCUCUUGUAUUUUGUUUCCCUUCCAUACCCAUUCCCCACAUAACGUACGCUUUGCAGCAGGCCAAGUCUGAGUGCUUGAAGUACAUUUAAAUACUGUGGAAAUUCACCCUCUAUUGAUUCUACUAUGUAGCCAUACCAUAAGAGAGAUGUGAUAUUGAUUCUCUUUUUGAGAGUUGUUUAUGUGGAGAGAUUAGAAAUGCAUCAGGAUAGCUUGUACAUUUUAAAAUGAUGGCAGGGUAAAAUCUUUUACCUUUUUUUCCCCACCCUGUUAUACUAAGUGUCUUCUGACAUUUGUACAUUCGGUGAUGCUUUCUUUUGUACAGAUGGAAGCUUUAAAUUCCAGUCAAGUAAUUCCCUCAGAACAUUCCUGAGAUUUACUGUGACAUUUAUCAUGCUCAAAAUAGUGACAUUUCAAGUCGAGCUUAGUAAGUUGCAUACAGACAAUGUGCUCUUUUGAGGAGCCAAACAAGAUUUUAGUAGACAUUUAUGCAGUUCACAUCUCUUAGUCCCUGGACCUAAGAUUAUAGAUUAUAGUGAGAUUGUGGUGUGUGCUAGAAUUGGUGCACCGACAACUUGGUCAUGGAAAAAGCUCUCAUCUUAUCUUUUAACUGAUACCUGAUGAGGGGUUCUGUUGAAUGAACCAAUUCAGAAUUGCACAGUUUCAUUGGCAACAUCGUCUUCCAUUCUUCUAUUUCCCACUGUGAAUAGUUAUGUGCUGACAAGUCAGAACAUGGAAUUUUGACAAAGUUUGUAUUAAAUGGCACUAAUUUCUUUGGAAAUCUGUCUUCCUGUCAGUAGAAAUAUUGCUAUGGACUUGGAGAGAUGGAUCAAUAAGAAUUAUUUGUGUUGGGAGAUUUUCAUUGGAAAUAGUGGAGGGACAGAUCAGAUAAGAUCCUAUAUGAAUGUACUGCGGUCUCAAAUCUUUUAUUCUCUAGAAAGUUCCUUCUCUCCUCCUGUCUGAAUACCUGAGCCUGACAUCAUACCACCCUUCCUGCAAACACCACUACACAUGCAGGUCUAGGUCUGAUUCCCCCUGUAGUCUUGUGAUUUGACUCUAUCCUCACUGUCAAGAUGGGCAGAGGGCUUUAUUGAAAGAGAUUUUUUUUCAACCAGAACAGCUUUCAACUGAAAAGGAAAAUGGGAAACAAGAUGGGAGGAGGCAGGAGAAAGCAGUAUGAAUAAAUGCUCACUUACAAGGCUGCUGCAUGUCGUAUGUGUGGAGGGGAUACUUCAGUGAUAUUGUUUAAAUAUUUAAACAUUUUAUAAGAGUAAAAUAUGUACCUUUGUCUGUGUUACAAUGGAUCAAAAUUGUCUGAAGUGUUGCAUAUCCUUUUUCUUUCUUCCUGGGAGAGAGUUUUCUCUGUUUACAAGAAAAUAAAAGUUUAAUCUAUGGAAA